AUGGCUACCACCAGAGGUACACAAGCAAUACCAAGUACUUCGAAAGACAUUCCUUCCACAAAAUCUAUAAGCAAUCCAUUUAAUACUGUUUUUGAUGGCGAAGAGAGUGGUGAUGAAUCCUGGGAUGAAGAAGAUAGCUCGUCGGAUUCAGACAAACACCUAGAACGAAUUACACAAUGGCCCAGGCCUCCAGAUAGCGCUGUUGGUGGAGUGAGUACCGUAGCCGCAAAUCGGACAAAUACGAGGAAACCAGAUAAGAGAUAUUCUGUACACAAGCCAACCCGAGACAAGUCAAGAGGCAGGCAGAAGAAGCAGAAUGCAAAAGCUGGGAUCAAACUGGUAACAACUUUCACAAGACAUCAGGAUGCGUCUCCUCCAGUACAGGUGCAGCCUUCAAAGACGAUGCCACAGAGGGGGUAUUUUGUUGAUUUGGCUGCUCUUCAAGCGCUGAACGGGGAAUCGACGCAAUCACAAGCAUCGGGGAAGUUCUGGAAGUCAAAGUCAAAAAAGACCAAGGGUUUGGGUUUGAUAAGAGCUCCAGACACAGUGCCUUCCAUCCCAGCUGUGCCUUCCGGAGUUGCAGUUUCUGGAGCCACAUAUGCGACGAAUGCCUCGCAAAAAGUGCCGUCAACUCUGACGGCUUCUCCUCUCAAAUUAAGUGAUGACUUGAGCCCCAAUGAUAGGCCCAUCAUGAUUGGUCUUUCGAUUCCCUCCUCCGACGUCUCCCAACAGUCCUUGAGUCCUCAGACAGCUUCUUCAGACAUAUCGAAUAUAGUCCGAAGUUAUGACCGAACACACCAUACGCCAGACACUCCAACUAUCAUCAUCACACCUGCUCAAGAAGUAUCUGAUUGGUCACCUUUGAAGCCCCGUCCUCAUCCAGCAUCAAGUAUAUACUCCCAAGCCGUCAACAGCGAAGAAGUGUACACAAGUCAGAACGCACCACCUAUUCCCAAGGUACCAGAUUCUGUUCUUAAAAAGGAACAGCAGAGAGUCGCGGCUCAGACGAGUUAUUUUUCUCCCGAUUCUGACAAUGGCACGUCCUGGGAAGAUGAUGAAUAUACCUCAGAUCACUGCAGGUCCCGUGUCGUUUCAACCUGUACAGUUUUCGAGGAGGAUGAGAGCCCUAUAAUCGCCAGGACGGCACGUGCGGUCUCAGUGACUGGGGCAAAUAACGCCGCCAGGCAUGCAAGCGUUAGUACCGUUGCAACUCGGCGGCGCUCGAAAGGGUGGUGGAACUAUAUUACCACGCCUUUCUUAACGCGAUCGAAUACAUUUGCUACCCGGAGCCCCGAAGAUCAACACCCACCCGCUGUUCCUGAUCUUGCGAUUGCUGCUGCAAAGGCUCAAGAUGCGGGGAGAGAGGGAAAGUCCUGGGAAAAGCAAUUUUCACCCUUGACACCAGAAACAUCAACAACUAUUCAAUCAGACCCGUGGUGGAAUGUUGACUCGAAAGAUACAAGACCGAUCGGGCAAUCCCCAGUACUUCAGGAGACCAGACACAAAGUCCAGGCAUCCACAGGCACUUUACCAAUCGUCCUAUCCGAAGUUGCAGGGUUCGAAGCCGCCUCAACAAUGUCCAGUAUAGCGUCAAGUGAUCUUUCUCGCUUCAACUCUUCCAGGUCAACAAACGAGAUCUCGAACGACCGCGCAGUUCCUGUCUUAUCUGAUGCGCCCAAUUCGAGAGGUUUACAAAGCAACAAUCCUUAUGUACAGCCUCAAAUUGGUGAUGUUAACGAUAUUUCGGGUACCAGCCACUCUGGCAGUUUACCAGUAAUUCAGCAUGCUCAGAUCGCAGUUCUACAGCGCGCACAGCUCCCGGUCCAACGAACUCAAUCCCCUUCUACAACUCCACCACCCCCACCGUAUUCACCUUCGCCGUCUCGCAAUCCCAGGUAUCGCGCAGUCUUCCCACCUGGUCAUGUUCGUACUCUUCAGCAACCCGCGUCCCCUGGACCCAUAUCGCCCGGUAUGCAGCAAGCAAUGGCAUCUCCAGGGGCCAUUCAAAUGACCACUGCACCUUUAGCUCACCCUAGCCGAAGGCCGAUAAACCUUAACUCUUCAUACCCGGCUGAGUUACCACCAAGGCAAAACGUAUUGCUUGUCACAACCGAGCAUGUCCAGGGCACUUCCAAAAAAUCAAAUAAAUCUGAAGCCAAGCGUCGACGACACGAGAAGGAGGAUGCUGUAGCUCAUAAAGCUGGUGGAUGGUGGCGAGGGCGUGGAUGCAUUCCCAAGAGAGGGUGCUAUGGCCGAGGGGGCGCUGAAGGUCGCAAGAAGCGUCGGUGCACCCUAGGGCUGGUCAUUGGGCUCUUAGCAAUGCUUAUAUUAAUCGUUGCCCUGGCCACAACCUUGUCUCGUAAACCAAAUACGAUCAUUGGGCCAUCCCAGUGGGUAAAUUUGACAGGGUUUCCUCCUAUGUUUACCGGACUCUCAACAGUAGUUGCUCCAACUAAUACUGUAACAAAUACUGGGUGUGUUUUCCCGGCAACUCAGUGGAGCUGCUCCUUGCCCAAAGAGGUUCAGUCAUCGAUUGCUCCCAAUCAGGCGAACCAACCGAACUUCCUUCUCUACGUUCAGUGGGAUAAUAGUAGUUCAGCAAACGAUACUUUCAAGAAUGUUACUGGAAAUCCAACUCUUGGGGCUCGCGCCGUUGGUGGGAACGCUGUGUCUGCGGGACAACUUAUCAAAAGCGUUCUUCUCAAGGCUCGGGAUAUUGUUACUUUUGUACCUUCACCAGCACCUCCAUCAUUUGCAGAUGACUUCUUCUUGGGAAACACAACAGACAAUAUUGCUUCCAGCAACAAAGCGGGAGAGCCGACACCUUUCUUCAUAUCCUUUUUGCCAUCGUCAAACUCUACAACGAGUAAGAGGAGCCUGAUGGAGCGCCAGUCUCCAGACAACUCAUCCGACAUGUUCCCUAAUAUCUCCUCCAUCAUUCCCGCACCGAGCCUGAACUCGGAUAACACUGCCGCACCGGCAAACCUGUUUCCUCUUCCCACCCAGCAACCCAUCCGGCUCUACGACCGCGGUCUCCCCACAGAGCACUACGGCUUCUACACCUAUUUCGAUCGAUCCAUCUUCCUCAAAUCCCUCGACCUGGAUAACUCGUCUAACACAGAUAGCGGCGCAGUGCCCGAUGACGAGAAUGGCGGUGCUCGGGAGUCUGAGGCGUCUUUCCGCUGCACCUGGACACAGACGCGCUUCUUGGUGCAAAUGUGGACUCGCAUGAACACCACCGCUCGACUCCUCAACAGCACACAUACUAUUAGCAAAGAUCCCGCGCAUGACUUGUCCCAGCCUGGAUCCUUCCCAUAUCCUAUCACGAUUACGACAGAUAGACAUGGUGGUGAUGCUGAUACGAAAAUGCUAUACUGUUACUCGAUGGACGACCGAGAGGGUAUUGAGAAAGGCAGUGGGAUAAUUUUGAAAGAACAGAGGGGCUUCGGAGGGACGCUGAUCAAUCCGGCAAACUUACUGUUUGGUGCGAGUGGUCCUUCGGAUCCGAGUCUUGGUGGCUUUGAUGGAGGCACCGGAGGCUGUGGGUGUCAGUGGCAAAACUGGCAGGGAGUGGUUGGUGGAUAG